GCAGCUGGGCUCAUAAAGGAUAGCGAAUAUCAACAAUAAUUUAGUUGCGAUUUUUUUUUUCGUAAUACAAAUAGUUAACUCUAAAUGUUUCCCAGAUGCAUAAGGUAAUCAUAGGAAAAAAGCGUCUUAAGAGAUUGGUUUCUCUUCCUACAACGGGCACCCGAAAAUGGCGAUCGAAAGACUCCCGAGAAGGUCCGACGGGCUCGGGAUUUGGAAAACCAAGUGUUUAUCAUGCCACAGUAGUAAUCUUCUUGGAAUUUUUUGCCUGGGGUCUACUCACUUCUCCAAUGUUAACAGUCUUACACAGCACAUUCCAAGAACACACUUUUCUGAUGAAUGGAUUGAUUCAGGGAGUUAAGGGAAUCUUGUCCUUUCUCUGCGCUCCACUGAUUGGUGCCCUUUCCGAUGUUUGGGGACGUAAAUCCUUUCUACUUGUUACUGUUUUCUUUACUUGCAUUCCUAUCCCUCUUCUACAAUUUAACCCAUGGUGGUUUUUUGCUAUGAUCUCAGUUUCUGGAAUGUUUGCAGUAACCUUUUCAAUAGCGUUUGCCUAUGUAGCUGAUUGUACUGAAGAAAGUGAUAGAAGCACAGCAUACGGACUGGUUUCUGCUACAUUUGCGGCCAGUCUCAUUAUAAGUCCAGCACUUGGAGCUUAUUUAAGCAGAAUGUAUGACGGCAGAGCUGUUGUGGCGCUUGCUACAUUUGUGGCGGCUUCAGAUCUGCUGUUCAUCUUAGUUGCUGUUCCCGAAUCUCUUCCUGAACGGGUGAGGCCGGCAUCUUGGGGAGCCCCGAUCUCUUGGGAACAGGCUGAUCCUUUUGCCUCUUUACGCAAAGUUGGUCAGGAUCCCAUAGUCCUGUUGAUGUGUAUUACAGUGUUCCUGUCAUAUUUGCCUGAAGCAGGCCAGUAUUCCUGUAUGUUUCUGUAUCUCAAGCAAGUUAUCAAAUUUUCUUCAGACGAUGUGGCGACAUUUAUAGCAGUAUUAGGUGUUUUAUCGGUUAUUUCUCAGACUGUAGUCCUUACGUGUCUCAAGAAAACUAUAGGACUGAAGAAUUGCGUUCUAAUUGGUUUAAUAUUUGAAAUCCUUCAGUUAUCUUGGUAUGGUCUCGGAACUCAGUUUUGGAUGAUGUGGGCGGCUGGAUCUUUAGCGUCGAUAUCGAUGAUAACAUAUCCAUCCAUGAGUGCCCUAGUGUCCUGUAAUGCUGAGGCUGAUCAGCAAGGCGUAGUUCAAGGUAUGAUAACAGGAAUUAGAGGUUUGUGUAAUGGCAUUGGACCUGCUCUCUUUGGAUUAGUGUUUUACGUGUUUCACGUGGAUUUAGAAGAAGAGGAAGGUCCAACUAUUGAUAUCACUGUAGCAAGUAAUCAAACCAGUAUGGAGGAUCCAUAUGGCAAGACAAUCGUAUCUGGAGCACCGUUUCUGUUCGGCGCUGGCUCUGUUAUUCUUUCUCUUCUAUUGGCGUUCUUCCUUCCUGAUAACAGUGCUAAUUUCCAGCUUAGUGGACGUUCUCCAACCAGGAGAAACAGUGAAUUCAGUUUCCAAAGUGAGUGCGAGGGUAGUGGCUCUGAGUUAAGGGACAUGAACACGUCUUCUGAUAAAGCACCUCUUCUCUGCGACACCAAGCCACUUUAAGACCUCGGCGGUCUUUUAAGUACAAACAAGUAUGCAGCGAAAAGAUUGAUUCUAAUUUGAUAUUCAAGCUUAUUUUGGAGUUCUUUUUGGAAGGCUCACUGAAUGAACCCAAGCUGAUCAAGGCCCCUCGACGAAAAGAAAAGCAAGCACGUAACACACGCUGCAUGUUUUGACAGCAGAAUGUUAGAAACUCUGUGAAGCAAUAUGGAGUAUAAGAUCUGAACUGAUAAUAAUUUGCUUUGAAUUUUGCCCAAAGGUGCUUUGAACGAAUUAUUAUAAAUGCCCUGACAAAGAGGAGAAUGUCGUUGAAGUCUAGAGAAACUGGGCCUGUUAUAAUUGUGUCGAGGAUCCACUUUGAGGGGCUUCAUUGGGGCCCAUUGGGCCCAUUAAUCGCAAUCCGUAUUAUUCGCUUCAACCCUUUAUCUGUCUCGUUACUUUUUCGUUUAACAAAGCCUCCUAGACAUUUUCCUUCUUUUUCUUUUAAAGGAGUGCAUUUUGAAUCAGUUUAUUGAAACCAAAACCAAAUUAAUCUUCACAACAAAUCCGAAUCAAGAAAAAUAUCGUAAGGAACCGUCGAGAAGACAAGUGAAAACAAGCAAAUUUAUUGGUCGAGAAAGAAGCCUGACUUCUCUGGUCUAGUCACGUGCCACACAGCGGUCUGACGUCUGCGCAUGUUCAAACUAAAGUACGUGUUUCACUUAGUUACGAAUUGUCUUAGUGGAGUAACAAACAACCGCAUUUUAGGUAAAAUUCAAGCAAAAUGUUAAAUCAGCAAUACCUGUAAUCUAAUAAGCCUCGGGUUCGAAAAGUCUUGAGUUUUCCUUUUUCCAAUUUUUGUUUACUUUUGCAAGUUGCUAUCAACGUUCCUUUUUUUCUGUGCAUAUUUUUCCUGACAGCAGUCGUUUUAUAUGUUUUCUUUAAAAUUGUGUGCGGGAAAUUAACGCGCGGUAGACCAAAAUUGAACCACUUGCGCAUGCUUGAAGUUUGACCGCUGUGUUGUCACAUGCAGUAAGGUCGCAAAAUCAAGGCAAUCCCGGAUUCCUUUAGACGCUCAAAAAGUCACUCUAAACUCUCAAAGUGGUUAGAAACAUAACGCAAGUCUGCUGAGCGUUGUUGGCUAUUUUAUUUUAUUUUGUUUAUAAUAGCUAUUAUCGUUGACAUAAUGGUUAUUCGUUGAUGUUACUUCUGUUUCACCAUUCUCAUUUUAAUACCUCGACGUGAAUCAUGACACGAAAAACGAUUUAUCUAACAGGAGUUUCGAAUAGCAAACAUUUCCUCAAUUGCGUUUUUACGUUGUGGUUAAAGUCUAAAAGACCCACGAAGCAAAAGAUUGAAAGGAAACUGAUUUCCAUCGUAAUCUUAGGCGCAAGUGAGCUUUUGAUAUCAUGAAAGCCGAAGUUGCGAAGGGCGCAAAUUUAUCGUGAAACGAGUUAUGUACAAAAAGAAAUUAUUCUAAAAAAGAUAUCCCAACGAAUUGGAAUCAUUCAAUGUACAAUUCUAUUGUUGUUUGAUUUUUAUUGUUACCGAAAUGUUCAUCCACUAAAUAAAAAAAAUAUUUUCAACUGUA